AUGACCUCUACAACAUCUAACGUAGCGUUUGGCAACGCAUACUCUAGCGUCCAAGCCAACAACAUCAACGGCUCUGUCCACAUUGGACUCGAGAACACACUCAGUCGUCUACCACACGCCAAUGAUGCGCCCUUCAACUCCUACGCAAAGCAGCACGAGCCUGCAUGCCUCCCUGACACGCGUAUCGACCUCCUCCGCGAGAUAUACAGCUGGGCGGAUGGGUCAGACGAGCGAUGCAUCUUCUGGCUGAGCGGGCUGGCGGGCACGGGCAAGUCGACCAUCGCCCGGACCGUCGCGCGCAAGUACUUCGACGAGCGACGUCUCGCAGCGAGCUUCUUCUUCUCGCGCGGCGGCGGCGAUGUUGGUCAUGCUGGCAAGUUUGUGACAAGCAUCGCAGUGCAGCUUGCGCACAGCGUGCCAGCAUUGCGGCAGCACAUCAGCGACGCUGUCGCAGAGUGCAGCGACAUUGUCAGCCAGUCGCUGCGCGACCAGUGGCAGCACCUGGUCUGCCGCCCGCUGUCGAAGCUGCGCGAGCCUGGGCCAUACGUCGUAGUCGUCGAUGCGCUCGACGAGUGCGACAACGACAGCAAUAUCCGCAUCAUCGUGCAGCUGCUGGCCGAAGCGCGGUCGUUGACGGAUGUCCGGCUGCGGGUGUUCCUGACAAGCAGACCAGAAGUGCCGAUCCGGCACGGGUUCGGGCAGGUACCGCAUGCAGAGCACAAGGACGUUGUGCUACACGACACCUCGCCGUUGAUUGUCGACCACGACAUAGCCAUUUUCCUUGAGCACCACCUCAAGGUCAUCGCCAAAGAAUAUUAUCAGGUUGCUGACUGGCCGGGUGCAGAAACCAUCAGACUGUUAGUGCAGCGUGCAAGCGGUCUGUUCAUCUGGGCAGCAACUGCCUGUCUCUUUGUUCAUGAAGGGCUAUUCCCCGACGUGAGAUUGCGCAUACUUGUUGAGGGCAGUGCCCCUGGUGAUGCUGCCACACCAGAAGAACACCUUAACAGGAUGUAUGUCACAGUCCUGCAGACCUCGGUUCAACCUGGGUACAGUGCGCAUGAAAUGACUAUGUACUACAGCAUGCUGCGACUUAUCCUGGGAGCUAUUGUGACCUUGGCUUCUCCACUCUCUGUUAGAUCCUUAGGUGCGCUUCUCCUUGUACCAAAGCAUAAGAUAGACCGUAUGCUGAAGGAUCUGCAUGCUAUUCUUAACAUUCCAGAAGACCCUACUCAGCCGCUUCGUCUGCACCACCCUUCAUUCCGCGACUUUCUCCUCAGCAAAGACAGAUGCGGCGACGACAGCUUCUGGGUAGACGAGAGUACCACACACGAGAAGCUGGCGUCUUGUUGCCUCGAGCUUAUGUCUGCGCCUAACGGUCUUCAACAGGACAUGUGCAAUCUCUCUGAGCCGGGGAUCCUGAGAAGCGAGAUAGGAGAGCAGACAGUAGCUCGCAGACUGUCGCCUGAGCUGCAGUAUGCGUGCCGCUUCUGGGUGGAGCAUCUCGAGCGCAGCCAGCGCAGCAUUGCAGACGGUGAGACAGCGCACGUCUUCCUCCAGAUGCACCUUCUGCACUGGCUGGAAGCGAUGAGCCUGAUGGGGGAGACGAGCCAGUGUGUACGAUUGCUGGCAAGACUGCAGGGGUUGGUGGCAUCAUCUGCAAGCACGUGUACAGGCUUCCUCCGCGAUGCGAAUCGGUUUAUCCUGCGUUUCUGUUCGAUCGUGGCAGAGGCUCCUCUCCAGGUGUACUCGUCAGCGCUUGUCUUCGCACCCGACACGAGCAUUGUCCGGAAGGCGUUUGUCGAGCAGGUCCCACAAGCAGUGGAGAUGCUGUCAGGCCGAGAAGCAGACUGGGACGCGUGUCGUAGUGUGCUGGAAGGCCAUUCAGACCAGGUCAAUGCGGUGGUGUUCUCGCCAGACGGACAGCUGCUCGCCUCAGCAUCUGACGACAAGACAGUGCGAGUGUGGGAGACGGCGACAGGGACGU